UGAAGGAUUGCAGUGAUGUGUUUGGCUCAGUCCUCCCCCACAGUCGGUCACGUGCCGCCCGAGCCCCGGGGGGGUGUUGGAUGGCGGAGGCGAUGGCCGGUGAGGGCUGGAGCUGCUGCUGCUGGAGGAGCUGCUGCUGGUGGCUGCUGGUGGAGGAGCUGCUGGUGGAGGAGCUGCUGGAGUUGGAGCAGCUGUGUGCUGGUGUCUGGGCUCUGCUGUCUCCUGAUCCCCGGCCCCACCGCCGCCCAACACACACAGGGCUCCGUCCCUCUGGACACCACCACUUUCUCUAAGGUGGUUCCAAAGCACAAGUAUGUCCUGGUUAAGUUCGACACGCAGUAUCCCUAUGGAGAAAAAUUCGACGAGUUUAAGAAACUAGCAGCGAACUGCGUCUCUAGCCCGGACCUGCUGGUGGUGGAGGUGGGAAUAUCAGAUUAUGGCGAGAAGCAAAAUGCAGAGCUGGGCGAGAAAUACAAGGUGGAGAAGAGUGAGUAUCCAUCCUAUCUGCUGUUUGUGGACGGAGAUAUGGAAAAGCCGGUCACUUACUCGGGGGAGAUUGUGUCAGAGGCCCUCCAGCGCUGGCUGAAGAGCCAGGGUGUGUGGGUGGGGAUGCCUGGGUGUCUGCGGGAGUUUGACCCCCUCGUGGUCAGAUUGUCCACCUCCUCCUCCGAAGAGGAACGGCAGAGCAUCAUGGAGGAAGCGAAGGAGCUGGCGAAGGGUGUGCAGGAAUCCGAGCGGAAAUCGGCGGAGCAGUACCUAAAGAUCAUGGGUCGGGUGCUGACGCACGGAAGUCAGUUUGUCCCCGACGAGAUGGCGCGGAUCAAGAAGAUGCUGAGCGAGAGCAAGAUGAGCUCGGCCAAGGUGUCAGAUCUCCAUAAGAGGCUGAACAUCCUGAGCUCAUUCCAAGGUGUUGCCUCCAGCAAAGAGGAGCUGUGAUCAUUCCCUCCCUCCCCUCUCUCCCAACCAACCACCACAAGUCUGACAAUCUACCUGUUUCCUCGCCACCAAAACGGUAGUGAAUGUUGGAUCCAUUCAAAUUUUCAAGACUGAGGUGGAUAGAUUUUUGUUAGGUCAGGGUAACAAGGGAACUGGGGCAAAGGUGGGCAAUUGGAGUUGAGUCAUGAUCUAAUAGAAUGGUGGAUCAGGCUUGAGGGGCUGAAUGGCCUACUCCUGUUCCUAUGUUCAAAAUCACAUCAUUACUGACGCUACAAACCACUUUGGUGUCCAUUUCCCUCUCAAAUUUUUAAAAAUUUGGUGAACAAACUUAGGCCCUGUUCUGCUCACCCCCGUUAAUCAAAUUCGACUAAAUACAUUUCACGAAGGAAUAGGGUUGUCCCCACUAACAAGCCCCAAUCCCCUCCCCCAAAUUACCGUAAGAUCCAGUGACUGUAUUUUGAAGUCCCA